UGUGAGUUCACAGUUGUUAUCGAUACCUUCAGCGGACAGGUCGCAACUGGCAAGGCACCUCUCCGUGUUUUCACUCAAUUCGUUAUCUGUAGAACCUGAAGAAGUGAUUGUGAAAGCGUUAAUUCGACAAAAUGUAUAAACUUUCAGGGCUAUUAAUGCCCGUUGUCCUUCUGGGACUAAUCUCCCUGGGAUCAACCUUGAACCUGAACGAUCCCUGUACCAACCCGAACGGAGAAGCCGGCCGCUGUAUCUUCUUCCGCGAGUGUCAACCCCUGGUGUCCAUCUACAACAAGCCGCUCAUCUCGCCGGAAGAGAGCACCUUUGUCCGCAAUAGCCAGUGUGGCACGUCCAACGGCAAAGCGCUGGUCUGUUGCGCCGGUAUUCAAACGGCAAAUCGCAUCAGCACGCUUCCCCGGCCCAACCAGUGCGGACUGGACCUGUCGGAUCGUAUCUUUGGCGGCCAGCCCACCGCCCUGGAUGAGUUCCCCUGGACAGCGUUGAUUCACUACCGCAAGCCGAACGGAAACUUUGGCUUCCACUGCGGCGGAUCGCUGAUCACGUCACGUUACGUCGUCACGGCGGCCCAUUGCAUCAACGCGAUUCCACGCGGCUGGCAGGUGGUUGGAGUCCGGCUGGGAGAGUACGAUUUGAAGAAUGCUAACAACGACUGUGACUCCGAUGGCUGUGCGGACGUUCCGGUUGACAUGGACGUGGAGAAGAUUACGGUGCACGAGAACUACAACGCCCAGACGAAGAGUCAGUACGACGACAUUGCUCUGAUUCGGUUCACGCGGGACGUCGGAUUCACGGACUACAUCAAGCCGAUCUGUCUGCCCAUUGGGGAUGCCGAGCGUCUUCGGAACAACGUGGGAGUGAAGGCCAUUGCCGCCGGCUGGGGCAGAACCGAAAUAGCGAGUGCCAGUGACGUGAAAUUGAAGGUUCAGCUGGAUAUCACGGAUCCGAAGGCGUGUGGUCAGGUGUACCGUUCGUCCGGGGUAACCCUGCGGGAUACGCAGUUGUGCGCUGGAGGAGCUCGCGGAAAGGACACCUGCAGUGGAGACUCGGGCGGCCCGCUGAUGAUUCGCGUCAAGACGAACUACUUCCUGUAUGGAAUCGUCAGCUUUGGACCGAACAAGUGUGGCACCAAGGACGUUCCCGGGGUGUACACCAGUGUGGUCAAGUACAUCGACUGGAUCGAGAACAACAUUCAGUAAUUGAAGGAAUGAUUUAUCUUUGUUGCGAUGGAAGACGAUUAACUCGAAUGAUGAAAUUAAAAUAUAGGACGAUUUUAUCUUUAA